CAAAUACUAACACUCCGGUGUCCGUCUGCAUGUCGACAAGAUUUCGAAAUAUGAAGGGCCGAUGUUAAUUACUUUAUCGUAAGCUCAACAUUUUGUUACACCUACAUGUUACCAUCAUAACAAAAAUACAUCAUUGGAAUAAAAGAUACGAGACAAUUUUGAAAGACUAGAUGUAGAUGGGAAAUUCCGCUGACACAAAAGUAGAUAGAAUAAGGUAUCAUCAGAUUAACCUAUCAAUACAUGAUAAUCAUUUUUUAUAAAAACCCCUACUGGGUGGCAAUAAGUCAACACAAUAAUAUGAAGUCCAUCGUUGUUCUGACGGCACUCGCAGCAUUAUGCUCCGGCCAUAUCAUUCGCGAUACACCGGUAGACAAUAGUCACUAUGUGGAGGGAGUGAGCCGCUACGUGUGGAUGCCUGAUGCUGAAGGAAACUCCGUACUGGUUGACCUCGACGAGCCAGUUGACGAAGAAGUACUGAACGCAGCCAGAAAUGGAGCAAACAACCAAUACUGGCUAUUCACCCGGAGUAACCGUCAUAAUGCUCAAGUCAUAACCCACAAUAAUGUCAACUCGAUUAGGAACUCUAACUAUAAUGGUAACCGACCCUUGAAAGUUAUCGUCCACGGAUGGAAUAAUAAUGGAAACACCGAAAUGAACCCUCUCAUCACACGGGCUUUCCUUGACGUCAUGGACUGUAAUGUAAUUGUGGUCGAUUGGCGCGCUGCUGCUAACUCAGCCUACAGCACCGCCGCUGAUGCAGUCCCCAGUGUGGGACAACACCUCGGAGACUUCCUCACCUGGUUAAUCAGAAACGGUGGCGGUAACUGGAACCAAGUACAUUUAGUUGGAUUCAGUCUCGGUGCUCAUGUCGUCGGCAAUGCUGGCCGUAGAGUCGGAAAUCAACCAGCCCGUAUUACCGGUUUGGAUCCCGCUGGCUAUCGAUGGCAUAAUAACGCUAACCGAUUGGCUGCUGGUAACGGUAGAUACGUAGAAGCUAUCCACACUGAUGGUCACGGCCUUGGUAUAAUGAACCCCAGUGGACACGCUGACUUCUACCCUAAUGGUGGUAAAAACUUCCAGCCUGGUUGUUGGACUAGCUACUGCUCUCAUGGUCGUGCUACGGAGCUAUUUGCCGCCACUGUUCGUCACAAUCAUUUGAUUGGUAGACAGUGUCCCAACAUCUGGGAAGCUGAACUCGGAACAUGCAAUGGAGCUUCCUUGCACAUGGGUAACGCACUCUUGAACAAGCGUGGAAAUGGUCUUUACGCUCUGAGAACCGGAUCAAGUGCUCCUUUUUAAAAUAUAACUCCUACAUAAAUUAAAAUAAUGUCAAUA